AUGCAGCAACUCAAUAAAGAUAUUGAAUCCGGCGGGCAUUAUCGCCCAUUAGCCGAAGGAAUGCAAAAAGAUAAACCAACAGAGAGCGACACAGACCAUUUCUUAACUCACCCAACAACGCAACAAAAGAAGCCAAUUCGUAGUACAAAGAAGAGGGCGGAUAUCCAGGCAUCCUUCAAGGCAAAAACAGAUAGACCUGUACCUGCAGGAUGUGUUUGGGCUAUCUGCGUAGGCGCAGAAGUUGUAAGUCUAUAA